GUUCGUGGAAAAAGAAAGCAAAGCACUCAGUGACUCUUUAUAAAUACUCUCAUUGCAAAGUUACAUUCUUUCAAGCUAACAAAAAACACACAAACAAAGAGAGAGAGAAAAACAGACACACACUCUUCUCUGUUUUUUUUUGCUCCACAAACUUAAAAUCAAAUUCUCCUUUUUCUCUACAACAUCUUUGUUUGAUCUUCAAAGAAGAUUUAAGCUUGAAGUUACAAAGCUUCUCUCCUUCAGAUCCUACUGUUUUAAGUUAAUCUUUUUCCCUUCAACGCCAAUGGAUUCGCUUAGUACUCAGAAGGCUAAACCAAGAAAGAUGAAGGUUGUUGUGAAGAAGUCUCGGGCUCAAGUACUCUUAGAUUUGUUUUACCGGGUGAUCGAGAUAACUCUAGUUAUAAUUACUCUAGCCAAGCUCUGUUACCAACUAGUCAUCACGGUAGAGAGCUCUGGUCUCGCAAGUUUUCUCAUCAACCGUCACCUUGCUUUCGUCUUGGGGAAUACGAUAGUCAUCACCAUAGUCGUCAAGUGUGGGUUCUUUGCGAAUCAAGAAACUGAUGCACGGAGAAACAGAAACGAUUUUUACGACGAGUUUGUUCGGGAGAGCUCAAGAGGAGAACGGAGGUUACACACCGAUGUGAUAUGCAGAGAAAAACAGAGUGAAGUCGAGAGCGUUGCAAAACAAAGCAUUGAAGAAAACAGAGCAAAACAGAGCAUUGAAGAUAAGAGACAAAGCAGAGCAAAACCGAGCAUGUCAGAGAACAGGGCAAAACAGAGCACUGAAGAAAAGAGAGAGAAACUUAAAAAGUCUGAGAUCAGUGGCAGACAGAGCAGUGGCGAUGAGAGUGAGAAGAAGGACAUAACUGUGAAGAAACAAAGACAAAUCGUUGCUCAAAAUCAAGAUAGCCCAAUGAAGAGUUACGAAAGGAGCCGGUCAGAGAAUCACGAGGGCUCGAAGAAGAGUUCUUGUGUACAACUGAAGAGAUCAGAGACAGAGAGACCUGCUGAUAGAAUUGUUUCUGAUGAUGAGCUACGAUACAAAAUCGAGUCUUUCAUUGCUAGACAGAGGAGGAACCAAAAGGAUGAAGAGUUCUGUAUUAUCUAAAAUGUAUAAAUACUAAAAAGCAAAGAAGAAAAAAAGAAAAACUUUAGUUUAUGCAAUACCAUUCACAUAUAUUUGUGAGUGUUUGUAUAUAUAUGGGUAAAAAUAUUUCAAUGCCCGAGCAUAAAUUGUUGUUUUAGCUUUUCUUUUUUUGGUUUCUUUGUAUAAUUUUGUUAAUCUUAUAUAUUAUGAAGUAUAAGUUUUCUGUAAAUUUGUUUAUCUUAUAAAUGUAAUGAAGAAGAAGAAAUCUACAAUGAGUAUAUAAGAA